CCAGACAUUUGCUGUGCAUAUCUAAUUGCUCUCCUCCAACCAACGCACCCUACAUCAGCCAUCCUAUCUAAUCUCUCCAAGGCCGCCGAUUACAAGCACUCGUGCACUCGUGUUUCGAUCCUCCACCACCUCUUAUUCCAUCCAUUCCUCCGCGCAACCAUGACCCUCACAUCCACCACCCUCAACGCCGCCGGCCUCCUCCUCCUCUCCCACUCCGUCUACUCCGCCUGGGAACACUCCAGCACCACACCUCCCCACCCCGCCUCCUCCCCCUUUGCAACCUCCACCUCCACCCUAACCCUCCCCCUCGACAUCACCCUCGAGCUCCUCCUCUCCCUCUUCCUCCUCUGCACCGGCAUCAUCCUGCACAGCGCGCCGCUGCGCCCGAUCCGUUGGCGCGCGUGGGCGGAGCAGAUUGAGAAGGAUCAAAGCCGGCCCGAGGGGCGGAAGGCGAUAAGGGCGCCGAAGGGGGAGAUGGUGGCGCAUCCGUUUCGGUUUUUGGAGGAGAGGAGGGGUUUUUUGGAUAUUAGGGCGAAGCGGAUGGAGUUUGCGGAUUGGGUGAGGCAGGCGGGGCCGGAGGUGCAGACUUAGGGAGGAGGCGGUUGGGGGAGACUUUGCGAGGCGAUAUGUUAGAUCAUUCAAGUAUGUCGAGGCUUUGCGGAAUCCAGGGUGAUUGUGUCAAGGUAUUGAUGACAUCAAGGGAUAUGUAGUGAAUAUAAGUCUUACAGCAUCACAGUUUGACGUGGAUAGUGUACUUGUACAAUGACGGACUGCAUUCAUCGCUGCGUAUAGGUAUAAAUAUUAU